GUUCAGAAGCGGAGCCGGUGUGGAAGUUGCAAGACCCUGGGUUUGACCAGGGCUAUGGAUCGGAAAGGUCUCCGGAGGACGACUAUCUUCCCCGCAUAGCUCCCGCCGUCUCCUUAGAAACGUACGAGGCGGAGCUACGCGCCAUAUACCCAUUUAUAACAGACGAAAACACCUUCACAGUAGUAGUAGAGAAGGAUGGCCGCGGUCUUGGCAUGUCGGUGUGCGGCGGCGGCGGUCUAGUGAGGAUACGAAGGCUGUACCCCCCACAACCAGCGUGGCGCACUGGGAGGCUGGCCCCCAGAGAUCUCCUGCUGUCUGCUAACGGAGUACCUCUUGCCGGACUCAGUACUUACGAAGCGUUGGAGGUGCUGCGCACGGCAGCGGCUCGAGUGGAGCUACGGGUUUGCCGGCCGCCAGCCGACGCGCUCGAGAGCGUCACCCCGCCGGAGCCGCCGACGCCGCCCGCGCGCACCCUGCACCCGCCCCACCUACCACCGCUAGACCCGCUCAACUGCCAUCCCAUGCAUGCCAGAUUAUCCCAAACGACGAGCAGCGCGACCACCUCGUCGUCGGAGGGUCGCGGGAGACGAGAGGCGAGCCCCGAGCCGGACCGGCGUGACCUCCGACUGCCGGACCUUGAUCGACCGCUCCCCGUCUACGAUAUACAAUACGGGGAAUUCGACAUAGUAAUGACGAAAGUCAACGGUUCCCUUGGGUUCACGCUGAAAGAGGACCACAGCGCGCUUGGACACUACGUCAGAGCGUUGGUUCGGGAGCCUGCCCUCAGCGACGGCAGGAUACAGCCCGGAGACAGGAUCGUGGCGGUUAAUGACACGCCAAUGUCGAACAUGUCGCACGCGGAGGCGGUCGCAUUCCUGCGCGCGUGCGGUUCCGAGGUGCGGUUGAGGCUGUACCGCGACCACGCCGCGACGCCGCUGUCGCCAAUGUCGCCCAAGGAAGACGCGCCCACCGACUCCGACGCUCCUUUGAACAGGCCUAAACCCCCGCUCAGGCCCGAAGCAGUAUCGAUGUUGUGCGACUUGGCAGCUCGUCGGCUCACCCCGGACGCAGCAGAUGGGUCCAGGUCUCCAUGCCUCUCGCCCAGGAAGUCGAAACUAACCAAGGAUAACAACCAUUACGAACAGCCUAACGAUGCAAGCAACACAAAGCUAGCGCACGCGCAAUGCAAAGAUGGCGCGGAGAGCCGGCAGCGGACCGCGGUCGCGCCCGCAGCCAAUAGUAGAAAACAAAAAUUGAGCUUGACAGUACCGCCGCACGGCUACGAGCUAAACAACUUAGACAACGACACAUUGGACGCUCCGAGCGUGUACCAGGAAGACAGCCGGCAACGCUACGGCGACGCUCCCUUCCCUGUAGACUCUGACGAGCCUGUGUCCAUGCCUGUAGAACUGUCGAGCGACGAGAGGUUUAAACACGCGACUCCCACAUACCAGAGUGCAGUGCUGCAUACGACGAGCAAUGACGGGACGAGCAGCGACGCGAAUAGAGAUGAUGGCAACGGUUUAAAGAAAUGGAAAGCCGUCGCUUUGUCACCGGACAAUGAGCGUAAAGCCAAACCGGAGUUGCCUUCGUGCAAGCCGAAAGAAGUCGACACCGUCCAGAAAGAGAACGUCAAACCUGAAUCUCAAAUGGACAACCCCAGCCUUGAGCCUACGAUAGUGACGGUGGAGUUAAACCGCGGCUGGAACAGUCGGCUCGGGUUCAGCGUGCAAAGCCAUCCGGAGUCCGGGCAGAGCUACAUCUCCGCCGUGUACAACGACAGCGUCGCCGCCAGGGACGGAAGGCUGCGAAGGGGAGACGUCAUAUUGCAGGUAAAUGACGAAAACGUGACAUCAAUGAAGACGCCCGAAGUGAUAGACUUACUGCGGAUACUCAGAGGGUCUAUCUGCAUUACUGUACUGAGACCGCCGAACGCACAGUGAACAACGGCACAUAGAAUUAUUCUUUCUUUUACAACUGUUAUACCUACAGAAUAGUGGGGAUGAGGAAUCGAUAAAAUAAGCUCUAAUCGAUUUGUGCUUAGCACAUCUCUAUUAGUAUGGCAAACGUUGAAACGACACCAAACUAGUCGUGUUUGAGCCAUUUGUCACAUAUAUUGAGUAACAACCAUGUAAUAAAAAAGCUCGGAUCAACUUCGAAUGAUGAGAAUAAAGAUACACCAGGCGUGAAUUUUGAUAAGUAUGAAGAUUGAAAUUUAUUGAAACCUAUUACUGUAUUCGUUGAAGUAAAAAGAGAAUAAAUAGAUUCUUUUAUUAAUUUUGAAUAUAUAGACUUAAACCAGAAAUUAUUCCAUUUUGCCUGAUUCAUGAUUAUGUCUUAUUUAACAAGCACCUAUAAUGUUGGUUGCUCAAAUGUUUGGAAUAUUUAAGGACAUCAUUCAAAAUUUAUUUCGAAUAUAUUAGUAUAAAACGCAAAGAUGCGUAAGAAAUAUAACUAUAAGUCAAAACCAACUUUAAAUAAUGUACAAACUUCAAUUUUGGAUCUUAUUUAUGAACCUAUAGAAGUUAGAUGAACUGUCUAUGCCUUUACAUUAACGCAUCUACGCCAUACAAACUAUUCUCUUGUAAAAAUAGUAUAGAACUGACGCUUUUAAUGUACAUAAGAACACUGUAAUAACAGUUCCUAAAUAUAGUGGCUAUAACUUUUCAUUUCUGUCAUCAACUAUUUCUAAGUAUAGCUAUAUAUAUGUGGAUUUGAUCUCAGGUAGAAAUCUCAAGUACUCGAGCAUUAGCGUUGAAAAAUGUGAAAAUGUAAGCGAAAAGUUAGUUAUUUAUAGUUAUAUGUUUAUAAAAUCACAGCUAAUAUGUAUUUCCUUUAGCAAAAUAAAGUAACUUGUGUAAGAAAAUGCGAUAUACUUAGUGUGGAAUGUUUAAUCUUGAUAUUUUAUAUUGUUAUGUGCCCCAGAUUAUAAAUUACUGAUUAUAAAUAUUAAAACCAGACGGCCUAUUUUGAAUCAUUUUUAUCUCGUUAUGAAAAGUAAUAAAAAAUAAUAAACAACUCGUUUAGAACUACGCCAUUCCACAAGAUUAGCCUUUGUAUAUAAAAAUUAAAUUAAAAGACAGUUUCUAAUAGAUGAUAAUUUUUAUUUACAUUAGGAGUAAUUCUAAAAUUAUUUCUUACAAACCUUUAAAGUAGAUAUCUCGUAUUUUAAACCAAACAAUUUUUUCUAUUAUUCCUAAUGUAAAUAAUUUUGCCUAAAUGUAGAUUCCUAAAUAAACUAAAAUACACAAAAUGCCUAUAAUUUUUGAUUGAACGAAAUAUAAAAGCUUUUCUCGAUUAUAAAUUAAAUACAUUUUAUAAAUGGCAACACUUAUUGUAGUGGAAUGAGAGUUUAUAAGUUGCGGACGUUAAAUGGACCUACAUAGAUAUACUAAGCUACACUUUCUGAUAAGCACUGAUAUAUAAAUUCUAGUCAAAUUUAAAUUGAAAUUAUUACACAAUUAGUCUUUGAAAAAUAUAAUAUUGAUACGUAAAUAAAUAACUAUAAUAAUGUAUGAAUACUGUCGAAACGUAUCCAUUUGUUUGAUUUCCCACGUGGUGUCUAUUUGUUAUGAACUUGAAAGAUUUUAUCGACAAAUCUAUUUUAAUAUUAAUAAUAUUACAUAGUCCUAAGUUAAUAGAGUAAUUUGUUUAGUGAAAAGUGAAAAAUCCUUACACAUAAACAACCUGAACGAAUGAAUCAACUGAUAUUCUAAAAUUAUUGUGAUGGAAUUGUGUUAGUUUUACCAUUUAAAAUAUGUAUUAGCUUUAGGUUCGUUCGAGAUAGUUUCAUGGCGCGUUUUUAAACGUCUUAUAUUUAAAAUGUACCACUCAGGACCGUAUUUAGGAUCUAAAGUGAUCCAUGUAAUAUUUGAUUCAUGGAAAUUAUUAUUUAUGGUAGUAACCCAUAUAAUUGAGUCAAAUACGUCACCGCUUUAAAAUAUUUAUCAUGAAAAAAUAUUUCGAAAAAACAAAAUUGUUAUUCCACAAUUAAACUCAUCAAUUUAACCUCAUCAAAUUCCAUCCAAAUCCGUUCAUAUAAUUCUAUCCGAAGGCAAAAGAAAGUAAUAUAUUAUAUUGGUUAAACCGACAUAGUACAUUUGCAUAAACAAAAAAAUGUGUCAUGAAGCUAUCUUAAACUGCUCUGAAUAAUGUAAUAGGUACAAUGUUUACGUAGAAGCAGAUAGGCCCGAUGAGGAAUAGACUUAUACACGUAUCCAAGCAAUCAUUGCCUGAAUAUAGCUACGUUCAAUCUUUUUGGCUGGCUUUUAAUUAGGAACGAGCCGCGUAACGGCUAUUGGUUUUUAGAGACAGAGUGAUAGAAAACUUAGGGGCAGAGGAAGGAAUUAACUUGAAGUCAGCCACGAAGAUUAGGGAUAACUAUAAGCGGUUUAACCGAGCACGAAAAUGCUAUUUGGAAGUUAUAAUGAAACAUGAAAUAUCCGUAGAAAAUGUAAGAAGUUAAAUUUAGGCGGUUGUAAUUGGUAUUAUACGAUAAAAUUAAUGAGAACGCUCGCUUUUUACUUAAUUGGCAAUGAUUGUCUUAAAAUGAACACAAAAAUAAACGAAUUUGACAUUAACCCGCCAAAGUUGUGUCCUAAAUGCAACCCCGAAGAUUAAAAACUAAAUUAUUUUAUUGGUGCUCAAUGUUUAGCUGGUAUAAUGCACAUCGCUUGCUAGUCUUUUAUCGCCUUAUGUCUGGGCCGUAGUCGUUAUGUUAUGUGACGUCAGAAUCAUUUUGUCGAAAAAUAUGUCAGACAUGCUAGUACCACACGAUCGUCCAACUUUUUAUUUACUCUUUCAAAUUUGAUUAAUAAAUAUUUGCAUUCGUGGCGCAGGAUCGCUUCAGAAGCAAAAGAGUAACCUCAAGAAUAUGUCUAUUAACAAUGUGAACAGAAUGAGUCCCCCUCCGUGACCGUGAAGGCUAUAAAGUUGUUGAAACGUCGAGAGAAAAUAACAAUAUAAAAAACCGCCAUAAAAGACGUUUUUUUUUCAAUGUGAACCUUCACGCAAAUUCCUUGACUGCACUCAAAAAAAAAAAACAAUUUAAAAAAUCUUAACAUCAUUUUUUUAUAGGGAUGUAAAAAUAUAGCAUAGUCUUAUCACUUAUGGUAAGAAAUUGAACUCGGAUUAAAAAAUUGGACGAUCGUUUGCACGCAAAAAUAGAGAUAUAUUAAUGGAAUGUACGAUAUACUUUAUCUAAAAAUAAUACAAAUAAAAGAUAAUUACGGAUUA